AUGAAUAAAGUACGGCUAGACGGAGUUCGUCGUAUCUCACAGCUUUCAAAUGUUCAUCGUGGAACUGCAUUCGAGGAAAGGUCGCUCUCACUCCUCCAGGACCACUUUUCCAUGGCUCUUCGAAGAGUAGGCGGAAAGUCCGACGGUGGGAUAGACUUGCAGGGAUGGUGGUGGGUACCUCAGCUUUGGAAGCCUCUCGAUCCAUUGGCAGUGGACGAACUGUCCCAACGAAGACGUAUCCGCGUCCUGGCCCAAUGCAAGGCAGAGAGGAAGAAAUUCAGCCCGAAUUAUGUCAGAGAAAUGGAGGGUGUAUUGUAUCGUCACAUGGCUACUACGCCUACUACGCAUGCAUCUCAGCCCAGCCUGAAUGACACCCAUUUGUUUUCAUACCCAUCUAUCGCCUUGCUGGUAUCGGAGUCCGCGUUUACAAAAUCAACGCUUCUACGUGCAUUUUCUUCUACGGUGCCUUUCUUCCUACUACACCUGCCCCAACAAGCUUCGAAUGAUAUCCAGCACAAAGGCGAUUCCGUUGCAUUAGGUUCGGCGUUCUGGAACCCGGCUUUGAGUGGAGAAAGUGGGAUUCUAGGCGGCGAAAUGGAAAUACGCUGGGAACGCUCUUUAUCCGGAGGAGGCCGUCCUGGUAUGUGGUGGCGAGGUGAGAAGGUCAGGAACUGGACACCAGAGAGUGGAUUCGUUCAGGAUGACAAUAUUUCUUUUGAAUAA